ACGGAGCUAGUAGUCAGUCGACUCGGCGAGGCCCGGCGCCAGAUUAACGAAACAUGUUGUCCAUACUUGGGAGUAUUGCUGUGUACGCUAAGUUCUCCGGCCAUAUAAUGUUGCUUUUUCUAAUGCACGAAAAUUAUUCGCCACAUCAAUGACAUGUGAUGUCUAACAGAUGAAAGUUAUCUUCAAAAUUAAUUGUUAUACAUGUAUUCUGAGGAGUGAUAGUGAAUAAUACAACUUGCCAAAUGAGGUAAACCAUGCGGCGGAUUAAAGACGGAAGCUUGCUUUGCACUGUUUUCGCUCUCUUCAGUGCGUACGAAGCAGCACAUGUGCUCAGCCCUCCUUCAUUAACGGAUAGUGCCAAGGAGGGGGCCGUAGAAGCAGACUUAUUAAAUCACGGAUUCAUUAAUAAACAUCUAUAUCCUAAACCAGAUGAGGUCACAAUCAAAUGCAAGAUGCUGACGUCGAAGCGUUUGUUUUAUGACGGGACGUGUACUUCUAGUGACUAUGUAGUGGAAAGGGUUUGUGCAGGACGAUGUCAUCCUGAGAGACAAGAAAAUAAGUCUUGGUGGGGCGAAUAUCUUAAAUAUUGGCAUUCCCAGUAUGUGAAACACUGGAAAUGCAAGGAAGGCAAAACGCGGCGACAGAGAAUUAAGUUACUGUGCCCUAACGGCACAAUUCGGACUUAUAAGAUUAGGGUAGUGAAGACAUGUAACUGUGUACAAUAUUCUAAAAAGGACAAUGAAUCAAAAUCUCGGAAAAGAAGACCACGUCGUAAACGCCGACGGCACCGUACAAAGAAAAGGAGGGGACAGGGAAGAAAGAAUAAAAACAAUAGAAAAUACUUGAACAGUAAUAGCCCAGAGUUAUGAACGGUCUGUGCAAACUCUAGGAGGAACUUCUUUUCUAUUUAUAGAAACCACGUGUCGUCAAUCGUUGUUUAAUGUCUAAUGAUAGUAAUAGAUCGACCUAUCGAGUCGGACGCACCUGUGUCUCCCAGAACACGUGGUGUGUUUAUUGUUUGACAAUACCCUCGACGAUUCCCCCCGGAAUAUAACGGAAAAAAACCGCGACCAAAGGUGUUUACAAAAUACGGAAUGCUGAUGGGGAAACUACACGACAGAGGAACAACGCGUUCUGUGGUACAUGUAUAUACUUUGUUCGAUAUAGUCCUUUUACGCAUGUCAUAUUUAUUGACGAACGGGAAGUGACACAGUAAACAUUCCCGCGCAUGUGCAGUGUUCAGAAUUAACGUUUCCUGUGGUGCAUUCAACGAACGACAAUCGCCUCUCCGUUUCCGGAGAACGAGAUCCGUGAGUUUCCUGGCCUACAAAUGACAAGACAAUGCAUUAACUAACAUAAGGCCUUUGGAAUUUGAAAGUUCCAGAAAGGUGCAUAAGUUUCCCCCGAUAUCUGUGAUCAACAUUGUCUUUUAACAUUGUUUAUUUUGAGACUCGUUUGUUAUGAAUCCUCUAUGUUGGUAACCGUUCCAUUUUGUUGUCACUUAUCGUAUGUGUUCCAUGUCCUCGAACUCAGUGCAUUAAAUCCAAACAUAAUUUAUCUAUACAAAGACAUAUUCUUGUGGCUACUUCAAACUUUAUCAAAUCUUGUUUCCAUAGAUUUUUAAACAAAUGUUUCACUUCGUUGAGAUACAAUAAAUGCAGUUGUGACCUACCUGUGAUAACAUGAGUGAUGUAUUCUAGUGGAUUUUUGAUAAUUUCUGCAACUAGAUCCCUUUAUGUUAUCUUAAAAUCCUUUCGAAUGAACAAAUAUGUUUCUAAAAUGUAAUAAAUGUCUCUUGUGUAGAACAAAAAAAAUCUUAGUUGUAUCAGGUAUGUUAUAUCAUUAAACUUUACCACUACCAUCCAUCAUCUAUAUAUCAUCAGAUUACUGUAGAUCACGGGAGCGAUCCGAACGACUAACUAGUAUUAAGGAUUUUUCAAUGUUAUCUUUGUUGAAAUUGUAUAUAUUUAACAUUCGUGCGACAGUUAUAAUCACAACCGACAUAUAUCGCAAAAAAAACCACAGCGAAUAUAUUGUAUACAGGAAAAUGUUCGCUAGGUGAAAUAUUCGCCGUUUACCGGUAAAUUACAUAUCCUCGUGAUGUUAUUCUAAGUCAAAUUACCAUGUAUACAAUGAUUUAGACGUAAAUUCAACUUCAUGAAUAAAACCCGUCGUAACGAAGGAGAUGUAGAAACGGCGAAAAUUCAACCACUGCAAAUAUUUACAUGUAUACAGUAUACUCUUCGCAGAAGUCAGUGAUUUUCAGUAUUUAUUUUAUCACAGAUUGUGUUGAAGCAUAUUUACAGGGUCAGAUAUGCUGGUGAACGUGUCAUUUGAAACAACAUUCCUCGAACAUGUGUAUUAUUAUAUCGUUUGAAAUGCAAUUAAUGACGUGUAAAUGUUAAAAUUAGUAAAAUGGGUAUUGCGUUAGAGUAUUAGAAGUACAUCUAAAAUAUUGGUCACAAUUCCUUCGUCAUUAAGUUUAUCUAUCAGCUGUUUUUAAUCUACAAAUAGUAAUUUAUCAGCAUCAAUUACCAUAGGAGUCAGAAGGAUUUUUUUAGAGUAUAUCAUUGCAACGCCUACGUAGUCGAAUGUGCUUAAAUAAUUGACACCUACCUACAAGCAAUCCGUGAUGUCAACACAAUCGUUAGUGACGUCGACAUUUAACUAUAAAUGUAAUGACGCCGACAAAUGUAAUAAGUGAAAUAAACACACAUAUCAAUGACGUCAAAUAGCAAACAUCAAUGACGUCAUUACAUAUUCAUUAACAGGUAUUAAAAAUUACUGUCCAUAGUAGCAACAGUAAGAUAUUUCCCCACGGAAGAAACAAUUGACGUAUUUUUGCUUUUUGAGGAAUCUUACCCCUGAAAGGGAUUAUGUCUUUAACAAAGAAUACUUUUACCGAAACAACACAUAUGUACAAUGACGUCAUCUGAUAAUAAACAAAAUGACGUCAUUCGAUCGUUUCGUUCUGAACUCACAACUUGAAGCUUGACUUACAUCCUGAAUUGAAACUUUGAAAACCGCAGAGAGUUCUUCUCGAAGCGAGAGAAGAAAGAUUCCAGUCCCGUCAUAAAACUACCUGGUCUUUAAAAAUUAAGACCAAAGUCAACUAGAACUUUCAGGUCACAAAACGACAUAGUCUCUUUAAAUUCUAUUGAAAAAACAAUUGUACUGAAUAAUGAACCAUACUAUCAAUUUAAGAUAAAACUCGAAUAAAAUGUCUCAUCUUAUACGCUGUCUCGGUUUUUUAAAUAUAUGGUCACAGUUUACUGGAAUUUAGUUUAUAAUAUUUUAUCACAGAUUACGUGACGGAGCGAUUUACUAUGUGUAGUAUUAACGUCCUAUAUCUCUACGGCCAGUUGACCCUCAAGUAUCCACUAACAUCACUGUAUGUGUUGUGAUACCUUAGUGUCGUUAUGAACGUACUCCUAUGCUGGAACAAUCCUUCUGGUAUUCAUUACUCCGGAUUAAGAUAAUCCGGACAAUCCUGAUUGCAGUCGCUCUUCCGGUUAUUAUUACCACGAAUUUAACAUCUGUGAAAUUACAUUUCCCGAUUUGCAACAUAGAAAAUUCUGUUUGAUUUCGGAAACAAAAAGUUGGAAAGAUGUUCCACAGCCGACCAAGUAGCUUUGCAAUUGCAAGAUUAUAAUUCACUUUUUUAUUUUAGGAGAUUUAUCAUUUUCAUUAGAUUCAAGAUAAUGUUUCCAAAGUUUAUGAACCUUGAAUGAGUUUUUUAUCAGAUGGUAUGGUAACAAACCAAAAAGUAUUGAUAAUUUCUUAAUAAUGCUUUCUCCAUCAACACUGUCGCAAUACACUAUGGUGUAUUAUUAAAAUAUCAAUAUUAUUGUGAUAGCAUUCUUAUACGUUCUAAAAAUGUAUGCUAUAUCAUUUGAACUAUUGUGUAAAACGUCAUCGUGGUCAUCAUUUGAUGUUGGCUUGUUUUUUUUCAUGGACAUGUGUGUAAAAAAUGAAUAAUACGCAUUCAUAUUUGUGUGCAUCUAAUUACGUCACUGACAUUUGUGUACAUCUUUUAUGACGUCAUCUGUAUUUGUGUACAACUAAUUGCGUCACUGACAUUUAUGAAUACUUAUGUGACGUAUGUAAUAUUUACAUCCGUUUCUCAUGCAAUGUGCGUACAGAUAGACACAAUAAACAAACAAACAUAAUUCUA